UUAGUGCUAAGGCACUUUAUUGCCUGACCAUGGUAGCACUGUCCACGGUGCUGAAAUCGUCAACUGAUUUAUUUUGAUGUAACUUUCAGCGCAGUCCAAGUUUUUGAUAUUAUUAUCAAAUUGCCUAAUCAAAUGCCAGAACAGGACGAUUAAACACAGAAUCGUAAUAUCCAACAAGUCGUUUUUGAGGCAGAAGUACGUAUUCGUAUGAAGAUCGGGCUCAACAGUUACAGUUGAACUGGAAGUAAUCUUUAUUACUUCCACUAUUUUACAAGUUGUUGUUCCUGGAUUCACGAAUUUUGACUCACAACGAUUGAAUUAAUAUUAUCUGUCUCAGCAAAACUAAAUCAUAUUUCAAUAUAAAAACAUGAAAUAUGUCGACACUUUACAGGGGAAAAAAAUAAUAAAAGUAUCAUGCAGAUCAAUACAACAGCCCCUGGAAAAAAAAACAAAAAAAAAAAACAACUUCUCCCUGGGGUUUACCUUAACCAUACCUAAUUUUUUUUUCAGUAUUUAAAAGAUAGUACCUUUUAUUAUUUUUAAUAUUCACGUUUGCUUAUUUCAUUUUUUUAUUCUAUUUGUCAUUAUUUAUGUUUCCCCAUAUUUCAUAAGAUGGUGUGAAAGAACGUGAUUUCGCUGUGAUCCUAAACUUAAGAUGCGUCUGGUGAACAGGACACGGUCAGUGUACAAUAUAGGCUUCAUUUAUACUGCUCCUUUGUAAAGCUGUAAUUAAUUCGUAUAUGUGAAUAAAACCUAUCAAUGGGUUUGUGCCCCCCAUGUACACUACCAUGGAUGGGCUCUGAGCGCCGCUGUUGAUACAUGACUGACUAACAUUUCAAAUCAGCAGUGCAGCGAUCCACCCCUUUAUUUCAUUUCAGUGUUUCACUGCCUGGAAGGAAGACGCUUCUAAACGUCAACAUUUAAAGUCUAGCGUUUCCAGUGGAAUUUCUCGGCUGAAAUAACAUUGUCUUUUCAAUUUUUGUAUGCAAUUGCAUCGGGUUUGCAUUGAAAGUGAUUACUACGUCUGCAGUUUUGGAUUUAUGAUGGAUUGUAUGAGGAUAACCGCUCGCAGAGGCCGAUGGCAAGCAGUGUUUGUCAUUCUUUGUCUCUUCAUGCUGAGCUCAGUGGCUGGACAGGCUCGGUAUUCCGUACCGGAGGAGCAGGCAGAAGGCUCUUUUGUCGGAAACAUUGCUCGAGAUUUAGGAUUGGAUGUAGCGAGGCUCAUAUCAGGUAAAGCUCGUAUUAUUACAAAAGGAAGCCGACAGUAUGUUGAUUUAAACCGAGACAAAGGCACGCUUGUUAUUAAAGAGCAAAUCGACCGAGAAGAACUGUGUGGAAAGACGACGCCCUGUAGCUUCAGUUUCGAGGUCAUUUUAGAAAAUCCAAUCCAGCUUUAUCGGGUAACAGUGGAGGUAAUAGACAUAAACGAUAACAGCCCAUCGUUCCCAAAAGAUGAAAUUAAUUUGAAAAUUGUCGAAAGUGUUGCAUCAGGAACUCGUUUCUCACUCGAGAGUGCUGAUGAUCCUGAUGUUGGUAUUAAUCAUAUUCAAAAAUAUACUCUGAAACCCGCAAAUCAUUUCAAAUUGGAAGUACAGAGCCAGCCAGAUGGAGGAAAAUUUAUCGAAAUGGUUUUACAGAACCCGUUAGACCGAGAGAAAGAGGAAACUCACACACUCGUGCUGCUUGCUUCAGAUGGAGGGGAGCCACAUAGAUCGGGGACAGUGCGUAUUCAUGUCACUGUGCUAGAUGCUAACGAUAAUGCACCAGUGUGUAGGCAGGCUGUUUACAAAGCAGAUGUCAAGGAGAAUUCUCGUGAAGGAACAUUGGUAACCACUGUUAGUGCAAAUGACGCAGACAAAGGAAUCAAUGGUGAAGUAAGUUAUUCUAUAUCUCAUGUCGCCAGAGAAGCGAAGCAGAUUUUUGAUGUAAAUGUUAAAACUGGAGAGAUUAAAGUUGCAGGUAAAAUAGACUAUGAAAAAUCUAAAAUGUAUCAGUUAAAUGUUCAGGCUAGUGACCACGGUGGAUAUACAGAUACGUGCAAAGUUGUCAUUCAGAUAAUUGACGAGAAUGACAACGUCCCUACAAUACAGCUGAUGUCAUUUUCUAACUCGAUAUCCGAGGAUUCUCCCCCUGGUACAACUAUAGCUGUUGUUAAUGUUGAUGACGAAGACUCUGAUGGUAACGGUGUUGUCAAGUGCUCCAUUAACUCUGACGUACCUUUCAAAAUUGAGUCUUCAUUAACAGGAUAUUAUACUAUAGUGACAGACAACUUCUUAGAUAGAGAAAGUAUUCCUGAGUAUAAUAUCACCAUAACCGUCUCUGACCAAGGCUCUCCGCUUUUGUCUAGCAGUAAGAACAUCACUGUAAAAGUGUCUGACGUCAAUGACAGCCCACCUGAAUUUGAUCAAUCAGAAUAUAGUAGGACUGUUCCAGAGAACAACUCUCCUGGAUACUCAGUUUUUACUCUCAGUGCUCGUGAUGCAGAUUGGGGCCAAAACGCUCGGGUUUCUUACUUUCUGCAGGAGAAAGAGAUAAAUGGGGUAACUGUGUCUUCGUUAGUGUCAGUGAAUUCAGAAAAUGGGGUGAUUCAUGCAGUGAGGUCGUUUGAUUAUGAGCAAAUUAAGUGGCUUGAAUUUAACGUAACUGCCCGUGAUGCUGGAUCCCCUCCUCUGAGUUCGGUGGCUACAGUUAAAAUAAUAGUCCAGGACCAGAACGACAACCCUCCUCAGGUUCUGUAUCCAGUCCAGACUGGUGGCUCUCUGGUGGAUGAAAUGGUGCCUCGUUCAGCAGAUGUGGGCUAUCUGGUCACUAAAGUGGUGGCUGUUGAUGUGGACUCUGGACAGAAUGCCUGGCUCUCCUAUAAACUGCAGAAAGCCACAGACAGGGCGCUGUUUGAAGUGGGCUUACAGAAUGGAGAAAUAAGAACUAUCCGCCAAGUCACUGAUAAAGAUGCUGUGAAACAAAGACUGACUGUUAUAGUGGAGGACAACGGGCAGCCCUCUCGUUCAGCUACAGUCAUUGUUAACGUGGCGGUGGCGGACAGCUUCCCUGAAGUGCUGUCGGAGUUCACUGACUUUACGCACGACAAGGAGUACAAUGACAACCUGACUUUUUACUUAGUGCUGGCUUUGGCUGUAGUUUCCUUCCUCUUCAUCACGUGUUUAGUGGUUAUUAUAUCAGUGAAAAUCUACAGAUGGAGACAGUCUCGCAUCCUGUAUCACUCCAACCUCCCUGUGAUUCCAUAUUAUCCACCACGUUACUCAGACACUUUGGGGACAGGGACUCUCCCACACGUGUACAACUACGAGGUGUGCAGGACGACUGACUCCAGAAAGAGUGACUGUAAGUUCGGCAGAGCUGGUAGUCAGAACGUGCUGAUAAUGGACCCCAGUUCUACAGGGACGAUGCAGCGGAUACAGAGUGAGAAGAGCAUCCUGGAUGAACCAGACUCUCCUAUAGAGGUGGGUUUUUGAUCAUCCUUCAUAAACUGUCAUUGCAUUAAUUUUAAGGUACUAGAUUACACACGUGACCUGGUUAUAUGCAGUGUUUCACCUCCUUCUUAUGGGACAUUUUUAGUACCACCAGUGAUUGACAGCUCCUCUCAGAAUUGAGACAAUAACUGCUGAACGUCCGCAAAAAAGAUGCACACAAUAAAAUAUAUACUCUGAGGCUGUUAUGUGUUCCUAAGCUGUAAAGUUGUAAAGCAAAUAUAAUAGUACUAGAAUCAUCUGUACUGCAUUUUGCUCUACUGCUUGCUCUAUUUUUGCUACUUGUAAGUUAAAUCUUGUUCAUCUUACUUCAGUUUUCUCCCCUCCCCUUUAUUUUGUGGCGUCACUUGUUAUUUUCAGAUCGGACUCUAAGGGCCGCU